AUGUCUGAUUUCUUUCAAAACAUAAAGCGGGGAGUGAAGGAGUACGCCCGGAGCAGCAGGACGUCGGACGGCCGGUCCACACUUCACAUAGCAGUGCUCACCAACUCCUGCUCUCCAGUACAGACCCUGCUGGACGCUGGGGUGGACAGGUUCGCUCAGGAUAGAGCGGGGAACACGGCACUACACGUAGCAGCUGCUGAGGGUGCCGGAGUGGCACUCAGGACUCUGCUCACUUACGAACCAAGGAACCUUACUCCUGAUCCUGUGGGCUUUGAGGGCGAGGAGGUUUCUCUGCCUCCUCCGGCACGAUCUGUCGCUGAAAUGGUAGAUCUAAAGAACUUGAAGGGAGAAACAGCCCUACAUUUAGCUUGCAGAGCUAACAGUUUGACUUGUAUUGAAGUACUGCUAGAGAACGCCUCGGACAUGUACAAUAUGACAUGUGAAGGGAAGCAGCCAGUCCACUACGCUGUUAAAUACGACAGCGUGGAAAGUGCUACCCACCUUCUUAUGAAGGAUAUUGGGUUAGCUCACACUGACUCUAACGACGAGCCCCUUAUCCACCUGGCUGCUUCAAAGGAGAUGGUGGAGUUACUGGUAAAGUACGGGGUAGAUGCUAAUGCUAGGGACUGUACUGGUCUCACUGCACUUCACACUGCUGUUAAGAACAAGAACUUCCAGCUUCUCAUGGCACUGCUUCUCUCAGGGUGCCCUGUUGAUCUGGUCGACUCAGAGGGGAACACUGCGCUGCACACUUGUGUCUCUCAGAAUGUUGAACAUGACUUCCCCAAGACACUCGUAGUGUUUGGUGCUCCGUUAGAAGCUAAGAAUAACAAAGGUAACACAGCGUACCAGACAGCUGAACAGGCUGAUAAUGAGGAAUAUGUGAGUUUGCUGACUGAGGUCGGGGGUCAUGAUGAUCUGUUCCUGGCUAGGGGGGACAGGGAGGGUAAAGUUAGGACCUCUCAGGAACGCGAUCACCCGAGGAAACGUCCAAAUUGGGGGGCUAAAGACGCUGCUGUUCUCUGCAUUGAUGGUGGUGGGAUGAAGGGGCUGGUUGCUAUUCAGAUUCUCUUAGAGAUAGAGAAGUGCACUCAGACGAGUAUAGUGGACCUGUUUGAUUGGGUGUCAGGAUCUAGCAUUGGGUCCCUUGUAGUCCUCGCUCAGAAACACGCUGUCAUGGACAAUGUAAGACCCGGCGGUCAGGUGGAAGACUACCGUAAUCUACAAUGGUGGACCAAACUGGGGAUGCAGAGAGUUCUCUUCGAUUUGAAGAACAGGGUAUUCGAAGGAUCCAGACCUUACAAGUCAGAUAAUCUAGAAGCCAUCACCAAAGAGAUAGUAGGGCCAGAGACCAAGAUGUUAGACUCCUUUUACCCGCGUAUAGUGAUCACCACGACAGUAGGUGAUGUGAGACCUUGUGAGCUCCACUUGUUCACAAACUACGGUACUGAUAAUGAGUACGCUUGGAAAGCUGCCAGAGCUUCAGGUGCUGCCCCAACUUACUUCUCCCCUUUUGAAAACAAGUAUCUAGACGGAGGUGUCAUGUCAAACAACCCCACUCUGGACACUCUGGUUGAGAUGAGAAAGUUUUACAACAGAUCUGACUCAGAUGAGCCUUGUCAGCCUAAAAUAGUUAUCUCCGUAGGGACAAGUUUAGUCCGUCCAGUGCAAGUUAAGGAUCUAGACGUAGGGUUCCGCCCUAAGAACCCCAUGGAAGCAGCCAAGUUCGCCAGCAGCGCUCUGGAGAUGUUCAGUACGUUGAUAGAGCAGUGUGCACUGUGUGAUGGUCCCAUAGUGGAACAAUGUAGGUACUGGUGCGACAGUGUGGGUAGUGAGUAUUACAGACUUCAGCCUGACAUUCAGUCUGUCACGGCCAUGGACGAGAAGAGUGAUUCAGUUCUAGUUCAAAUGUGUUGGGAGACGUGUUCCUGGGUUUAUAAAAGCAGAGACGUGUUUGUUAUGUUAGCUGAUGCGCUGUAUUCGGGAACUUGAUGCGCUGUAUUCGGGAACUUGAUGCGCUGUAUUCGGGAACUUGAUGUACUGUAUUCGGGAACUUGAUGCACUGUAUUCGGGAACUUGAUGCGCUGUAUUCG